AUGAAACUUUUCGGCUUCCUUGCUGCUGCAAUUGUCAUCUCCGUUGCUGCUGGUCAGGACACUUCACUGAUCACUUCAACGUCUGAAGUCUCCACUAAUGUAAGCGCUCCUUCAACCGAGGCAGGUGCUACUUCUAAUCAGACUGCUGCUGCUACGAUUUCUGAGUCCACUGCCGGUACCACAAAUCCCGACCAGUCCACCGAUGUUGGUUCUGGUCCCGGUUCUGGUUCGAUGGCUGGUGCACCCACGGUGGGCUCGACACCUGAUUCACCUGAGUCUGAGUCUUCAAACGCCAUGGAUCCAACGGCUGCGGAAUCGGGUUCAUCAGGUGCCGUUUCGGUCACUACUGGCAGUGUUGCCGCUGUGACGGCCGUUGUAAUCACCUACUUCCUGUAG